AUGUCGCACGAUGACUCGGGGCGACGGGCUCCAAAACGGCGUCGGCUCAGUAACGAAUCCUCUACCUCUAGAAUCGAAGGCUACCAGCAUGGUCACGAUCCACAUGGGUGUAGCUUACCAGGCACCUGGAGACCUCCAGCAUCAGUAGCAGACAGCGUUCCAGUCCAUUAUGAACGAUUCGACUAUUUGAGAGAAACAUCCAUCGGAUACUAUGACAACUCAACCAAUCUAAAAUACCAGUGCAUUUCUUUGCAUGCUUCGGCGUUAACCCAACCAUCAACGCGCACUACGAAGGCAUCGUCACCAAGUCAUUCGAGGAAUGAUGAGCAUUUGCUCAAUCCAGAUGCACAUCCCGGACAGUCCCUAGCAGCGAUACUGAAUCCUGAAACCACUGGUGCACCUACGCCAGAUGUUACUGUCACCGGUGGCGAAGAGAGUACGGUUGUUUGCUUUGGUAUGAUCAAGGAUUUGCAUGCCGAGGUACAACCUCACGUCUCAGAUUCCCUCACUGGCUGCGUAUCCUUGGGCUUUUUACCAUCUAAUCAAUUGAUCUGUAAAGAGGGUCGUGUUGGGCGAUUCGAUGACAGAAGUGCGGAGAUACUUCGCGCUGUCUGCGAAGAUCCUUUGGUCGAUUUACAGUUGAUGCACGGAAAGCGUGCCCGUCCGAAAGGGAGUUUGACACGAAUAUCAGCCAUUCUGUAUGGCCCUAAAUGGCUUUCUGAAGACAUAGGUGCCUUCUGCCAGGACUCUGAGAUCUAUCUGCAGGAUCCGCUGGGUUGUGAUCGAGACGUACCAUACUGCAACCCUCACCGUCUUUCCUCGGACGAAGGUGCUUUCUGUACAACUUUCGAGUUACAGAGAGCCAGUACUAACGUUGUAGUGACAAAUCUACAUAUUACAGAUGCACUGGAUGUUCUCAGUGCCCCAAGAACGCUAGGUGAAGUGGAAACACCCCGCUGGUUGAAGACCAAAUUGUUGCUGCAUCAGCGACAGGCCUUGUUCUUCAUGGUCAAGCGGGAGAUGGGAUGGGCUCUCGAAGAUGGAGCUUGCGAUGUGUGGACAAAGCUCACACGCAGCACAUCUGCUUUCUAUCGCAACAAUAUCACUGGUGAUGUGCAAACAGACCAGCCGCGUUCCUUCAAGGGUGGCAUACUGGCGGAUACGAUGGGGCUAGGGAAGUCUCUCAGCAUGAUUGCGUUACUCGCACAUGGCAUUGACUCGUUGAACGAGGGGGAGAUUUUUACCAGACCAACUUUCACAAGUCAUCGCGACGUCGAUACGACGUUACUUAUUGUCCCACCAUCUCUCUUGCAAACGUGGGAAGAACAACUACAACAACAUUCACGCGAUGUGACUUUGCUGAGAAUAAGACGACAUCAUGGUCUCAGUCGGAUCACGACUAUCGAGGAAGCUCAAUCCCACCGUUUGGUCUUGACAACUUAUCAAACAGUGGAAACGGAGUGGAGGGAACAUUCGUCUUCAGCAUCGUCACCUCUAUUUUCCAUCAAUUGGCGGCGCAUCAUUCUAGAUGAAGCACACUACAUCAGCAACCACCAAAGUAACACAUGCAAAGCUAUAUGUAGUCUUGAGGCUCAGGCGCGUUGGGCUGUGACUGGCACCCCACUGCAAAAUAGGCUAGGAGACGUUGCGACAUUAUGCCAAUUUCUACGCGUUCAUCCAUAUGACGAUCGAGAGACAUUCAACAAAGACAUUGUCGACCCCUGGAAGGCCGGUGAUAACAACACUGCUAUCUCUCGGUUGAAGCGGCUUCUUCAGUGCAUUCUUCUGCGGCGCAGCAAGGGAUCUGUUCAGUUGCCGGAAAGGACCGACCUGAGACAUACGCUGCAGCUCAGCGAAGAAGAGCGACAGCAUUACGCGACAGCAGAGAAUAACGUUGCGAGAUCGAUCGAUGCGGUGCUAGGCGCGAACCCCAACACCGCGUUCAAUGUCACUAGUAUCAUUCAGCAGAUCAACGAGCUUCGCUUGAUCUGCGAUCUCGGCACUUAUCGCAAACCACCAAAGCCAGUUUCAUUGGCCGAAAACAACACUUGGAAUACACAUGUAGCUCAGAGAGCUUUGAACGCUCUCACAGCGACGAAUGGUGUAUGUUGCAAAAGUUGCGGCGAGAUACAGGAUGGUACAAGAUACGACAACAGCUUCGGUACAAACCUUUACGCAACCCGACUUUGGCUAUUCUCCUGCUUCAGCAUCGCCUGUGAGAGUUGCAUGGCGCGGAAUCCGUCGACUCGCUGUAGCUGUGUUCGUCAAUGUCCUGUUGCUCUUGUCACACAUGCGCCUGGGGCGAUGGAUUCCGGAGCAUCAUCUCCCGUCGAGUGGCCUUCUGACUCGGAGGAAGUCUUGCCUACCAAGGUCAACGCACUCGUCAAUGAUCUGCUCAAACAAACGCCAGGAACUAAAAGCAUCGUCUUCACAUUCUGGUCGUCAACGCUGGACCUCAUCGAGAAAGGAUUAUCGCGGGCUUCAAUCACUUUUACACGCUACGAUGGUAACACGACGCCCACCAAUCGGUCUGUGGCAUUGAACAACUUUCGUCGAAAUCUAGAUAUCUCCGUCAUCCUCAUGACCAUUUCAUGUGCUGCGGUCGGACUAAACAUCACUGCUGCAACACGCGCCUACAUCAUGGAGCCUCAGUGGAAUCCUACGGUUGAAGAGCAGGCAUUAGCGCGCGUGCAUCGUAUGGGUCAGACGAAAGAGGUGACCACAAUCCGUUAUGUCAUGGCAGAUACUUUCGAAGAGAAUCGGAACAUAGUCUUGAUCAACUGCGCUAUUUCCGGUCUUUGCUCAAAUGAUUUGUGUGUCGCGUGCCGUGAAUCCCUCCUGCCGACCCUCCAAUGCAAAAGACCAAGUGGAAGAGCAGAUGGGACGCUCAUAUACGAACCUGGCAAAGUCAUGACAUCUGGCUUAGGCUCCAUGACGGCGAGUGCAGACGUUGGUGUUCACCGCAUCACCGGCACAUUCUAUCCAGUCCAAGGUUCUUCUUCCAGCAUCAACCACGAAAAGAAGCCGGCGUAUGAUUUGAAUAUCGAAGUACAUAUGAAGAACAGUCCUGAGUUCAUGGAGAGAAUCAACUCGAUCGAGGCGAAAGAUUGGCGGUCCCUACUACUCGAUGAUAUAACGGGUGAAAGUGAUCCUGAGGAGUAUGACGAGCAUACUGAGGCUUAUCGUGACAAGGUCAUGAAGAAGCGUAUAGACGGAAUCAUUAAGAAGUAUCAAGGUUCGGUGCAGCUGAGGACAAGAUGA